AUGUCGCGCAACGACUUCUACGACGACGAAGACGACACCCUGUCUGAUUGUGAGGUCAACGGCGCGGAGGAAGGCACCGACUAUGAGCACGAGGAGACGGCCAAUCCCAACGACAUUCACGUUUUCGAGUUCGGUACGGCCAGCACGCCCGAAGGACAUGCUACUUGCGGAAAGAGACAUGUAUGUCGAAACUGGCGCCAUCGCCGGCUGGCGCUGCAAUCUAAGGUGCCCGACGAAUACGACUUGUUCUCUAAUUUCGUCGGCUGUCGCGCAUGGUGGGGCAAGGCGUGCAGGCUGUGUGUGCUCUGCGAGCUGAUUGAGUUCUACGGAGAGACGGACCGAGCCGCUCGCAAGGAGAAGACGUGGCUCGCCGCCGAUGCCAAGGUCGCCAACCAAUUCCGUCAGAGUCCGCCCGACUCUGUGCGCAUUCGUGACCUACCGAACGUUCCCAAAAGUCCCUUGGUUGUGUCGGUUACCGUCCCGUCCCAGCAGGUCGACGCCCUCGCCGUGGCACUCGAGAUCUACAUCGUCAAAGGUGCUGUAUCCGGCCCGCUCGCCAAGCUAGAGCCAGCCCUCCUCCCUGGUUCGGACGCGGACAGCGCCCUCGCUCCUGAACUGGAGCGCUUCCUGGAUCUGCGUUCGUGUCUGUCGGCAUUUGACGCCUCCCUCGACUUGCGCGACCAAGUGUUUCAGGUCGACGGGAGACCACAACUGUUUCCCUUUCACCACCGCAGCAACGUGGAAAUCGUCCCAUGGCUCGCUAACCGCGCGAAAGGCGGCGGUCUCGCGGAAGUGGUACGACUUACGGUUUGUGCCACCCUGGCUAGAGCAGCCCAACGUGACGACAUUGUUGGUGCAUGCCAGGUGGCGAUAGAUGGACUGGCCCCCCUGCAGCAAGCAAUGCACGACUCUCGAGCCAGCGACAUGUUCGUCAAACGCGAAAUCAUUGAUGCUGCUCAGAUCGUCCAUUCGGUUUUCAAACUGGAGACGCAUGUCGAUCUCUUCCUCCCCGUGGUCGCCAAGAGCUGCCGCUCAGCGCCCUCUCUGUCAAGUGCACUGCGAGCGUAUAGCACCUGUGCGGUCUUGGCCGAAGAGCGCCUCCAGCCGUUCCUGGACCCUUCGGCGAUACGGGGUAUGAUCAGGUUCGUCGCCGAGUUCGAGGUUGUCAUGGAGUGUAAGGUCAGGAAGAACAGCAAAGGGUUCCCCGUCGGCCCAUUCGCAGAGGACUCGCAUGAGGAGGACGUACUGCGCUGGUGCAUGCGCUGUUUGAUCCGCUUUCUGAUCCUGUGCGACGCAUUUCACGAUGACGACCCAAACGCCUCGCCCUACGGUGUGCUUAUUCUGGUCAUGGUCAAUUGCGUCGUGUAUGAGGCUACCUGUCCCAUCACAGGUCUCGCUCUCAACUGGUCAUUUCCCCCUUGGCACCCUCUCAGCCCCACAGUCAUUGCGCACGCCCAACACGGCCGCACCGGGUGCUUUGGGCUGAAGACGCCAUGCCCUUCAAGCGUCAAGGACUGGGACCCGACCGCUGUCUCGGUGCGCGUCGAGUCCAGGGCGGCGAAUUUCCUCAUCGCAAGCCACAGGUACUCGACACUUGUGCGCUACCUCGAAGAGAGCGUCGAAGAUGCGAACAACGUGUUGCUCGUCCUACGCCGUCAAGGAAUCCUCGGCUCUAAGGUCGACCUCUCGCCCUUCGCGCCGGACGCUCAAUUCCGGCACCUUCUCCGGCACAACGCCCUGGCGCCCUUCGAGGCUGACCUCUACUUCAGCAAGUGGCGUGGGCCCAAGCCCGGAAGAGUCGCUGCCGAGGAUGUUAUGCAUCCUCGUCUUGGGCUCGCCGCCACAAAGCUCGGCAAGCCCGUGCCGUUCUUCACCGCUGGCAAGGUCUUUGGGGCCGAGGACCUGCUCAUCUCCGGUUAUGUGGUCGCGACCAAGGGCAAAGGCAAGCCGUUCAAGCUGCAGUCCCCCUCCACGGCUUUACAGCUUCCGACCGGUAACAAAUGGGGCGCUAGAACUCAGCGUACGAGAUCCGACCUCGUAUGGACGGAGGAAGGUACGAAGGAGCUCAUCGAUCAGGUGCACAAGCACUCCUCGAUGACCGAUGGUGUCAUCACCAAGAUCGACUGGCACAAGAUUCUCCCUAAGUUGCCGGCCAAGAUGACCCAGCGCCAAGCCCAGAGCCGCUGGAACAGCUUGACGCGCCGCGAGAAGCAUUUCCGCGAGCUCAUCCAGCAUCACGGCUUCCAAUGGAGUGUAGAACUGAGCCGCCCCGUUGCCCCAUUGGCUAAUGCCAACCCUUCCGCUUUGCGUGACGCAAGCGGCGCAGGUUCAAGCCGCGAUCGCUGGGUUCCAGAUGUCGCGGCCGUCUAUGGGCGUGAUUGGCCGCCCCCGCCAGCCCGCGAGGUCAAACUGCCGUCGGUGCCUGAAGCACGGACCGCGCCCCGUCUCUCUUUGGAAGGAGUUAGCUAUCGGAAGCAAGCAGGUCAAGUCGCCGCUGCCGGCUACGACAGCUCGGUGCCUAUCGGCUGGAGUCGCGCUGAGUUUGCGUCGCUCAUUGACGCAGUUGGUGCGCAGGUCGCGGCCGUCGGAGGCGUCUCGGUUCUGAAGCACGAUCAUACGUGGCUUCAGGUCGGGGGUAGGAUUGGACAGUCGCCAACCGAGUGUCGCGCGCAGUGGGACAAGGUGUGCCACCGUGUCUGCACCGUCCAGAGUGCACUCGCCCAGUCUCCCGGACUUACCUGGAGCACCGAGCGGCACAGGCUCGAGGGCAAUGUGCAGGCUUGGGACAAGGUCCAGAGCACGUACCGCGAGGACGUCAAGCAUUUCGUCAUCCCCGCGUUCGAGAAGGUGGUGCGUAUUGUGACCACUCAGCCUCCACCUGCUCCCUCCAAACCUGCAGGACAAGCACCCGGACGACGCCCUUCUGUCGGGAACAGCGGUCAUACCUGGUCUGAGGAGCAGACUCUGGCUCUUAUAAGACACGUCGGGCGCUACAAGGUUCCCUGGGCACGCCACCUCAGCUCUGGAGCGUGGGCGAGCCUGAAAGAUCUCCAGAAGAUCAAGCCUGGCAACUCGUCUACACGAUCGUACACGUCCCAUUGGGGUAUUGGACUUCUCCAAGCCUACGGACUUGUCCCGGAGCUCGUCGCGAGCGGCAAGUUCGUCUUGGGCAACUACGGGGGCUCGGUGAUCUUUGCCACACGGCGCGGCGCUUGGGAGGAGCUCGAGAAACGGCUCCCGCCUCGAACGUUCCACGCACUGGACCAAAUGACACCAAGAGUGUACGAGGCGAUGCGAGCCAUCAAGGCUGACCACCUUCUCCUGGCUUGUCCUGUCGGUGCCAAGGUUGACGGCGCAGAGGUGGACGACAAUGCUGUCAACCACUACGCGGCGGCGGCUCUGUCUGGCAGUGUACCCACUACCGCGACGGCAUCUCCCUCAUCCUUGUCUUCAGGAAGCUCCGCUAUCGCCGUCUCGAAGUCGUCGUCUAGCCUUGCCAGCCACACUGUUGUUACAGGUACGACCGCAGCAGUUGGAAACAGCGGAGUGCGCAAACGCGCCAGUACACACACAGUUGAGGCGCCACGCAAGCGUGUCAUCACUGCGAGCACUCCCGUGCGUACCCAUCCAGUCCGGGGGCAUACUAUGACAACGCCUCAGCCCGCGACGGCUCCAGGGACCCAGUCAACUCCAGCGCCAGCGACAGCUUCUAUGACCCUGCUGUAUAAGCAUCUGUAUUCCGAGGACGCCAAGGCUCGAACGGCGCGUGCUCAGCAAACCGCACCUGACGCGGCUCCCACAGCCUUCGGAGCCAAGCCCAGCCCACCGAACUCGGACUCACAGAGCACCAUCCUCACACGGCUCCAUGCUCCUGCUAUUCCCGCUGCUGAGGCGACCUGGCGAGCUCCCGAGCCGCUCUCUUUUGUAUCUCCCACUCUCACCGGUCAACGACCGUCCCAUCUCAACCGACGGCCAAGCACCACCGUUCCACCGCCGUUCCGGCUGCGUGCCAGCCAUACCGCUAAACCGGAUCUGGUGAAGCAGAGGCUUGAUGCUGCACGACAACAAGAAGCCACUCUGAUGCCGCCAAAAACCUCAAGCCGCGAUCAUCCUACAGCGUCAACGUUGUCUUCUACGCGGAGUACAGUGCUGAGCAGCCAGGAUAGCCUGUUCUCGACAACGAACCGUGGUCUCGCGCCAACAAUCGAACUCGAGGAGGGCGAGAUUGCUGAGACCCACGACCAGACUCGGCCCGCUCCAGCCUGGAGCAGGAACAGGAGUAGUUUCUACGACAGUCGCAGUUCCAGCACGCCUCGACCAUCUCCUUACGGACGGUGGCAGCAUCAAAAGUACAAGUAG